CAUCAACAUGGCGACGUGCAGGAAGAUGGGGCGAAGCAGGAGAAACAUUUACGCUCUUUCUGUGGUUCUUUUUCUCCAGGUUCUGGUCAGCGGCUGCCUGUCAGCUCCGGUAAUCAACACUGUAGGAGUGACUCAAGGGGUAAAUGUGACUGCAGGUCUUACUCUAACCACUUUGGAUGAAGUUAAGACGAAGCCUUCGACACCUGACCAGGCUCCAGCAACUUCACCAGAAUCUAAGAUAUCUACAGCACCCUCCGGCAAUGACUCCACAACUGCACCAGUAAAGACUCCUGAAGACAACCGCACAGCAGCUGCUGAACCAGAAAUACCAAAAGAUACUAAGGAUAAAUAUCCAGUGACCAUCAUUGGAAGCUCUGAUAAUAUCACACAGGCGCAAUCUGACAGCAAAGGGGCCCCAGAAACAGUAGAACCCAAGUCAGACAGUGUCGAGGCAACAGAUGGACCUGUUACCACUGAAAACAUGCCUUCCUCAACUCCAGAAGCUCCCACCACCUUAUUCAAAACCCCCGAACCAGCCAAACCUGUAACAGAAGAGCCAGAAACCCUUGACUCUGACUCCAAACCCUCCGAUGCCCAGAACCCGUCCGCAGUGCAGGACACUGACCCAGACCUGCUCCGGACCAGUGACAAAGGACCAGCGUCUCACAUUGAGCCGAAUGAAUAUAACCCAGCUGAAGAGGAAGGAGAUGACGAUGACACCUACGGGGAGGACGAGGACGAAUACGAGCAUGAGUUUGUGCGCAACAAUGACAACAAAGACCAAACUGAGAUCAGGCAGACGCCGCAGCAACCAUCCGGCAUGGAUGUGAUCCACAUUAAGGGAGCCGACAGCUACACCACCGAGGACGAAGACUCCCACUUCUUCUUUCAUCUGGUCAUCCUGGCUUUCCUGGUGGCCAUCGUCUACAUCACCUAUCACAACAAGAGGAAGAUCUUCCUCCUGGCUCAGAGCCGACGCUGGAAGGACGGCCUGUGCUCUCGCAACACCGUGGAGUAUCAUCGCCUGGACCAGAACGUCAACGAGGCCAUGCCGUCCCUCAAGAUGACCCGAGAUUACAUUUUCUGAUCCGCGUAUCAGAAGAACAAUAUAUCCAGACACGGACUGACUCAGCCGGCCUUCCUGACUGGCCGGUAGCAUUGUCGAGAUGCCGUGCUUUGUCGUGGAGCUUGAUUGGCGCUUUCUCUUGCUUUUACAGGCCAAUUGGAGAGCAGGGGGUGUUCUGUGGUCUGUGGGAUAGAAUCAUGUUUGUUCAGAAACUCUUUGUUUCUGCAUAGAGAGGUUUUUUUUUUUUAAAUCAGUUAUUCCUAUUUGUUAUAUCAUUUUAAAUAUAUUUGUCAUAUUUUUUUCUAAAUUAAUAACUUCUUGGGACAAUAUUUUGGUUUAUUAGAGGUGGGUUUUUUUUGGUGAGUAUUUCAGCCUUAUAGUCCCUCUACGCCUGCUUUUUGUUUUCCUUCUUGCAUACUGUCUUAAUAUGUUCAAUACUCACUGUAGGAUUUGGAAUAAUUACAUGUAAAUGUAACUUUUAAGUUUAUAAUAUAAAGCUUAAUUAUAUCAGUUUAUUGUUUACCCCAAGAUUAAUUGUAACAUUUGUCUCUCAGCAUUAGCCAAGUUACGAAUCGUCACACAAAGCAUUUGCUUCUCAAAGCAUUUGUGGUAAAUGUGAAAGUAUGCAAACAAAGCAGCAGUCUAGGAGAAGCUGAUUCAUAUAAACGUAUAUAUUUAUAUAUGCAGUCAUUCCAAUAACUGUUUACCCCUCAUGUUGAAAUGGUCUCUGUUGAUCAUAGAUGUACUGUAAGUAAAUUACUGUACACCAUCAGUAAUGAAACGUUGGGAAUUUUGAUCUAAAUACAUAAAGUCAAUAAAUUCCUUAGUGUUUCAUAUCAAAUGAAUCAGAGUAGUUUUGAUUUUUUUUUUCAUCUAACAGAGGAAAGAAUCACAUUUUCACUGGAAACUGAAAAUGUAGUCCGAAUUAUUUUUUAACAAAUCAUUAUCACCUAUCAUUUCUGCUCCCUUUGCAGAAAUGCUUAAUAGCCUUUUUAAUUUAGUUUUUUUAUAUUAUUUGAGGGGAUGUAAAAAUCCUUAUUAAAUGUUGAGAAAGUAAGCAUUAAGUCAAAGGAGGGUGAAUACUCUUCAGAAGAGGGGUUCGUUCAUGUGCUUAAGCCAUUAAAAUGAAGACUCGUGCUGUAUAUUGUUCAGGUUAGAGUUAGAAUGUACUAAUAUAAUGUAAUGGAGAAGCUUUUAUUGCCAGACUUUUUCCUUGUUCAUCACUUUAUAUUUAACUUGUCUAAUACGAUACCUUGUCUACUUCUUUCUACUGCCCAGAUUUUGCUAUGCAGAAAUCCUGGGGCUGGCCCUCUUUGUUUUAUGACUUCGGUGAAGUCUCUAUCAAUCACUUUAUGAUCUCUAUUGUGGCAAAAUGUAACGGCUGUGUUCCCUCCUGCUCACUAAAACUUUAAAACUUUAUUUUUUCAGUUUCUCCUUGUCAGACACUUGGUGAAGUCUUCAUCAGAAAUUUUGCACGCUCAUUGUGGCCUGAUGUUCUCACGACUACUGAUGGAAAAAAAACAAA